AUGGCGUUUGGGAUUACACGCUGUGGCAUCCACUCCUUCCACGAAACUCUUGGCAUCGAUUCCGAUAAGUUACGCUUCUACUGGGUUCUUCAAUCUGAUCUAGAGGAUGCGCAACAAACGGCCUAUCGCGUUGAGCUAUCCACAUCUAGUAACUUUGAGCAUGCACUCUGGGACUCGGGUAAAGUCGAUAGCGACCAGCAACGCAACGUACUUUGCGCACCUGACGGCGGUUUUCUAUCAGCGUCGUUUCACUAUUGGCGCGUAACCGUAUGGGACCAAGAUGAGCAGACCUCUCAAAGCUCACCGAACGAGUUCUUCACUGCGUAUCCACGAUCGAGCGGAUUGUUACCUCCAUACAGCAUGAAUCAGACCUACAUGCCUCAUACGAGCUUAAUAUUCCGCAGUUGGUUCGAGGACGAGCAGAACAGAUGGAAGGGCGUAUGGAUCGGAGACAACGGCGAUAAGCCUCUGUACAUGCGUAAAGCUCUCCAUCUCGCUCAAAAACCGUCCAGAGCGAUUGUGUUUGCUUCUGGACUGGGUCAUUUUAACUUCGUUUGUAAUGGGGACCCGAAGGCGGCGCAUGGCCACGUUUUGGAUCCAGGAUGGACGAACUACCACCGGACCGUGCAAUUUGUCGCUUAUGAUGUUUCAGAUAUGUUGAAAGAGGGCGAGAACGUGCUGGGCGCUCAUGUUGGCAACGGAUUCUAUGCUGGUGAUCAAGGUGACGACCGGUUCUUCUGGCCGUGUUACGAGGACAACACGUAUGUCAGGUACGGCAACGAAUUAUCCUUCUUCGCUGAGAUACACCUCUUCUAUGAAGACGGACGACGCGAUACUAUCACAACGGGCCCGGAUUGGAGGUUGAGGAAGAGCGCAACCACGUUAGCGAACAUAUACUCGUCCGAGACCAAAGACCUGCGGGCAUACCCAACGGGAUGGGAUACCCCCGGCUUUCGAGAAGAUGGCCAGUGGAAGAACGCAACGCCUGUCACUGGCCCUCGCGGUAAAUUAAAAUACCAGAACCAGCCUCCUGUUGUCCUGCAUGAGACCUUCGAACCCAUCUCACAAAAACAGCUUGAGUCUAGCCUAGCAACGUUUGACUUCGGCCAGAACAUGACAACUAUGAUAAAAAUUGAAGUCAGUGGUCCCGCUGGCUCUGAAGUCAUUGUCCGCUUCUCCGAAACUGUUGGCGAUGAUGGCAAGGUAUUCAUGCCAGAUCCUCUAUUCAAGCAGUUCGAACAUGGCGUCUUUUGCAAGUUCACACUCGCGGGAAGUGGCGUCGAGAUCUGGGAACCAGACUUUUGUUUCACCGCAGCACGAUACAUUCAAGUUGAGGGCGUCUCACUUGAGGAAGGCAAAAGUCUGCCAGUCGUGCAUUCUCUCACCAGCCGGCAUGUCUCAUCAGCGGCAAGACGACUCGGAUAUGUCAAGACUGACAAGGAAGAUGUCAACGCGCUGAUAAAGAUGUGCUAUUGGUCGUUCGUCAGUAAUCUGUUCAGCUAUCAUACCGACUGUCCGCAGAUAGAGAAAUUUGGCUGGCUGGAGGUAACGCACCUGCUCGCACCGUCUACCCAGUACAUCCGGGAUAUGGAGUCGCUAUACACUAAGAUCCUUGAUGAUAUCGUAGAUGCCCAGGAGCCGAACGGCCUUUGCCCGACUAUGGCUCCAGAGAUACGUUACAUGUGCGGUCCUUUACAUGACACCAUCACCUGGGGCGGCGCGGUGGCACUGCUACCGGAAAUCUUACGCUUCUACUACGGCUCUACCCAAACGUUCGAGAAGCUGUUCGAACCAUGCGUGCGGUACAUGGAGUACAUCCGUACGAAGGAGCGCGACGGUGGAUUGGUUGAACACGGCCUCGGUGAUUGGGGUCGUGACAUCGCCUUCGGAAACAAUCAAGCCAACAUCGAGACCGCAAUCUACUACCGCUGCCUGCGCAACAUUCAACGCAUGGCACACGAGUUGGGUAGGUCGGAGGAUGAGAGGCGCUUCCGCGAAUGGGCAGACCGUAUCUACGCCGUGUACAACGAGCGCCUUCUUGUGACGGACAAAACGCUGCACCCCUACGCAUUUUACACAUCAAGAGACGAACCCGGAAAACAAGACCGCAACAUGGUCGCCCAAGCUUUCGCGCUACAAUUCGAUCUCGUGCCGCGCGAACACGUUGCCGACGUGCAGCGCGCUUUCCUCGCCGACUGCGCAGACGCAGGAAACCGCAUCCAAGCCGGCGAAAUCGGGCUGAAAUACUUGUGGAACACACUUGCGGACGUCGAUCGUCCCGACAUUGUUCUGGAGAUGGCACGUCAGGAAGAGCAUCCAAGCUACAUGAGGUUCAUCCGGCAAGGGGAAACCACGCUGAACGAAUUCUGGCAAGACGCAUGCCGGAGUAAAAGCCACGAUAUGUUGGGAACCAUCUACGAAUGGUUCUAUAACGCUGUGUUGGGGCUGAAGCCGGAGACUGAGGCGUACAAGACGUGGACUGUAAAACCGCCGUUGAAGAGCGAGUUCAAACAUGUGGAGGGAAGUGUGGAGUGUCCGUAUGGGAAGAUUGAGAUUGAGUAUGAGAGGGAUGAAGAGGGAUGUGAUGUGAGGAUGAAGGUUACGGUGCCGACUAGCACUACAGGUUUCCUGUUGCUACCAAGUGACUCCAGUUCCGUGUCCAUUCGUCGAAUACGAGAAGGAAGAACUGAUGACGGAGCAUCUGAGACAGGCUCGCGGAUCGCCUUGAAAGCUGGACGUUACUAUUUGCACCUGAACCCUUGA